CACGUUUUGCGCUGUGUACAACCACAUCGUGGCUUUAAAAUUUAAAGGAUUCGGCUUUAUGCUUACAGGUAAGCUUUUAUCUAUUUUCCCUUGAUAUAUAAAGAAAAUCUUUAGUUAUAUUCUUUUAAGAAGUGUAUUCCUUGUCUGAAAGUUUAGUUUCUGCAAACCUUGAAUGUUUGUUUCUUAAUUAAUUCAGUAAAUUAACGGUCAGUGUAAAAAUACAGACUGCGGACUGUUGUUGAUUUGUAUGUGUAAUCAAAUGGUGACGAGUGAAAUUAGGGAAUAAUUUCACGCCCGUUUUGUCCAAAUCCUUAUAAUUUCCCGAGCCUUUAGGCGAGGGAAAUUAUUAGGAUUUGGACAAAACGAAAGUGAAAUUAUUCCCUAAUUUCACGAGUAUACCAUUUGAUUACCUAUUAAUAUCAUGGGUGACGAAUUACCUUAGCAAUCGAGGAUUUUUGACUUGUUUAUCCUCAGUUAUCCUGGACCGUAUCAAUUGAUCGUGAACUCCACUCUCUCAAACGUUUAGAGCUGAAAUUUGGCUUAGUUUUCAAAAUUUUUCGACAACAUACCUUUAAGAAUCCUUCUUGAUAAGCUCUUUCGUGUGUUCAGAUUUUCUAAAGCGUCUUUUUAUGCCCUGACAUCUUCAUUCAUGACCAUUCAUGACAUUUUAAAACUUCGUCGCCAUCUUGAAAUGGAGACGUAUGGCAGGUUGCCAUGGCAAUUUAGUAAUUUCACAUGUGAAAUUACAAAUUAACGCUGAAAUUUCGCACCAAAAUUAAGGAGUAAUUCGUCACCUAUGAUAUUAGUAUGUGUAAUCAAAUGGUGACGGGUGAAAUUAGGGAAUAAUUUCACUCGCGUUUUGUCCACAAGUAUACCAUUUGAUUACCUAUUAAUAUCAUGGGUGACGAAUGACGUUAACAAUCUUGGAUUUUUGACAUGUUUUUCCUGCACUCUCUUGAACGUUUAGAGCUUAAAUUUGGCUUAAGUUCAGAGUUUUUAGACAAAAUACCUGUUAGAAUCCUUCUUGUUGUGCUCUUUCGUGUGUUCAGGUUUUCUAAAGCGUCUUUUUGUGCCCUGACAUCGUCAUUCAUGACAUUUUAAAACUUCGUCGUCAUCUUGACACUGAGAUGUACGGCAGGUUGCCAUGGCAAUUUACUAAUUUCACAUGUGAAAUUACAAAUUAACGCUGAAAUUUCGCGCCAAAAUUAAGGAGUAAUUCGUCACCUAUGAUAUUAGUAUGUGUAAUCAAAUGGUGACGAGUGAAAUUAGGGAAUAAUUUCAGGCGCAUUUUGUCCAAAUCCUAAAAAAAGCUAAAAGAAUCCUUGAUGUUCUCUUGUGUGUUCGGGUUUUCUAAAGCGUCUUUUUGUGCCCUGACAUCUUCAUUCACGGCAUUUUAAAACUUCGUCGCCAUCUUGACACUGAGACGUACAGAAGGGUUGCCAUGGUAAUUUUGUAAUUUCACAUGUGAAAUUACAAAUUAUCGCUGAAAUUUCGCGCCAAAAUUAAGGAGCAAUUCGUCACCUAUGAUAUUAACCAUGCAAAUGAGCAGGUGACAGCGAUAGUCCCACUGUUUUCUAAUCCUAAAAACAAUAGUCCGCAGUCAGUCCACAGUCUGCAUUUUACACUGCCCCGUAAAUUAAUGCUUGAAGCGGGAAAUUUAAAGUGAAAGUGUUUUUCGCUUUUAACUCCUGAACUUUCAUCGAUCUUAAAUUUGAUAUUGUUUGUAAUAUUUCUAUUUGUAUGGAAUUUCUGGGAAUACACAUUCAUAAAAUGAAAAUUACAGUCAAACCUCCAUCUCUGACCACUUCGCUUUUAUAUGAUUAUCUCCAACAUUUAACAGAUAUAUAGAUAGAUAGUUAGAUAGAUAGUUUAUUAAAAUUGCAUCACAGCCAAAGGCUGAAUUAUGCAAUUAUUAAUUUUUACAAAUACUUUACAAUACUCGAAAAAUUAAUUACAAAUGAAUCCUAGACAAUAAGUCAAAAACUAGUUUUUAAGAUAAUAUUAAAAAUUCUAUACAACAUAUUUGUAUUAAAAUAUGUUAUGAUAUAAAGCAUGAAUAUAUAAAGUGGGAUAAAACUACAGCCCGGACUAUUUCGACAUCGCAUAAAUAAAAGUGUUACUUGUUCUGUUCGUGCAAAGCUUUGGCAUAUUAAAAAGGCCCUGUCGUCUUAGGUUAUAGCGUGAGUUGUCAUAGUCUGGUGGAAGGAGGGCCUUCAAUUUAUGGUUUGGAUCACUGGCAAUGUUAUCAAAAAGCCUGCUACAUAGUACUUAAUAAUGCUCCAAAAUGGGUGUUAACCCCACCUCUGUUGUCAAGUUGCACUUUCCUGAGGUUAUUAUUGAUGUUGCUCUUUUCUCGAGCCAUACCAGCUCUUUCUUGAAGUACUGAGGGAGACCGUUGAAACAGACAGGUGCUGCAUAAUCAAUAACAGAUCUCAUGCACAAGAAGUAGAACAGUGCUAGAUCUUGUUGCGGAACUCCCGCUCUCUUUAACUGAGUUAGGAAAUAGAGUCUCUUGCUAGCCUUUUUGGUUAUCUCAGUUACAUGGUCGUUCCAUGUUAGAUUGUUCACUAUUGUAAGGCCUAGUAGCUUUGUACUAGUGACUAACUCUACCUCCUUUCCUUCUAUGAUGACAGGAUCAAAGAUUCUUUGCUCUUUAGCAAAGGAGAUCCUGACAAUUAGUUCAUGCAUCAGUGUUGAGAUAUUGAAUGCACGGGAAGUUAAGAGAGUACAUUAGAGAGUGUAAGAGUUGCUUGAGGCGCAGCUGAGAGCAUCUCUAGCCUCUUGAAAUAUGCAUGGCUGAAGCAUGAACUAAUUGUUUUAUAACAUCAUAGUGAUGAAUUUAGCAGUUAAUGUAAAAUUUUAUUAUUGUAGCACAUGCUCAAGGAAGUGCAUGUCAAUGUAAUGUGUUACAUAUAAUAAUUUGCAAAUUGGGGGAAUGGCUUCAUUGACAGGGAGGAGAUUAUUAAGGCAAGGAAGGGGGAAGUAAGAGUUGAAGGUACAGAGGAGGUGCAAGGAGCAGCAAAUAUAAUAUUAUUACGUUUUUGUGUUCCUUUGGCCCAUUUUUGGUCCAAGAACUACCAUAGAAGUUCAUGCAGGAAAUGAAUGAAAUUGAACCUGACCUGCUUCCUGGGGGUACUCUGGAUUUCAAGUGACCAAGUGACAGGGAUGAUCGAAUGGGGGCAAAAAUCAAAACCCCAAAAAACCCCUUGGGAUUCAAACAAAACCGCCAAAAAAUCCCUGCACCAAAAUUUAACCCCCCAAAAAUCCCAUGCUGAAUUUCCGAACCAUAAAAAUUUUCUGGACAGAAAGCAUUAAAUGAUAUAACAGGAAAAUAGAACCAUUUAGUUUUGAAUACCCAAAAAAGUCCCAUCUUAAAUCAAGCUACCCCAAACGAUUAGUGCCAAAAUGUUCCUACCUAAAAGCAUCCUGAAAUUGAGAAUUUCAAACCCAGAAAAAUCCUUCCAUUUUUGCUGUCAUUUGAAAUCCAGAGUACCCCCCCGCCCCCAGGAUCUGCUUGCAAGAUAAAAAUAAUUAAAAACCCCCAAAAUUUGCAGUGAUCAACUAUAACUAUUAGGUAUAGGUGGUCCUUACCUAAGAUGAUUUCUGUAACUGCCUUUAACAGUGUCAUACACAUGCACUUACAACAUAAGCAUGAAAGUGAGGCCUUCCUAGGGCCACCAGAUCUACUGUAAACUUCAAAGAAAUGGCGGUGAAAACAAGAACAAUUUGUGAUUUAGUUAGAGAUUAGAAAUUAACCCCAAAAGAUUUUCCUUGAGCAGUUAUAGUAAAUGAAAGUGUCUUGGAAAGUGGACAGUGGAGAAACUGACCGUAGGCAAGGAUCCUUCAGAAAUGCAUGAAAAAUCAAGUCUUUAUAAUAAUACUUUAUUCAAGACAUUGACAACAUGGUCAGCGAUCAGCAAAAAUGGCAGACAUGUUUUGCUUACUGCAUGUGAUAUGUCUUCUGUUCACUGCUUAAUGCAGAUUCUUACAGAGUUUUUUUCCUUUAUGUUUUGGUGUCUCCGUGUGUCCAUUUAUGUAACAAGCAAAAUGCCAUCAAAUGACAAGCCUUCUUUGAAGGAUCUUCGGGGCUCAAAGUUUAAAUUUGAGUUUGGUAGCACUUGUGCUACCAGAUGUAAAUUUUUAGGCGCACUGCCGAGAUUUUAAGCGCACAGCUGAAAAUUUUAGGAGCACAGUUUAUAAUGUUGGGAGCAUCUAUUUCAAAAGAAAAAGUAAAAAGCUUAACAGUGCCACGUUUAUUUGUCAUCUUCAGUUUGUUACUUUAAUUUACUUCAGUCCUGUGAUUGAUAAAACACAGCCCAUUUGCUACGCAGUAAUACCGUUGUGAUUUUUAAUACUAAUUUCUCUUUUUGACAGUACAGCUGUGACUAAAGAAAACUUACACUUGAGAAAAAUUCAAAACUGACAACAAUGAGUGCGUCAAACGAGAAUGAAAGUUAAUCUUUAAUGAAUUUGUUAAAUGUGCAAUGACUUACAUGUACCUGGGAUAUGACUUAAAAACUUUCUUACCUGGAAAAGAAGGCUCUUAACCCGCACUGUUUUUGUUUUGAUUGACCUUAAAACUGAUCGUUCGAAAUGAUCGUCCAUUGCGCAAAAAGCACGUGUUUCGUUCGUAGCAUUAUUUGCAUGUGUCAGCGGUGUUUAUCACAAAACAGAAGAGUCUGGGAUGGAGUAAAACAUCGAAACGAAAAAGAACAUUCGAGUUCGUGGAAUCCAUUGGGAGAAAAGACCAAUUAAACAUACACCGUCUUAUCUGGUUCGAGUUCGUAAGUAUAUUCGGAAGUAAGUCAGUUGCACUGUGCUUUGAGUUUUAUGGCGCACAGGUGCGAUUACACAUGAAUUUUUAGGCGCACAACCAAAAAUCCAGUCGCAUAUGCGACCUUUUAGUUGCUAACUUUGAGCCGUGAUCUUGAGUUGCUGCUCGAUAGCAAACUCAAGCCGAUUCAUUCCAGGCUAGACAACCUAUUCAAAGCAAGACUUGAUUCACUUGAGGCAAGGAAUGCGAGUUUAGAAGCCGAAAAUGCUAAACUGGCCAGUAAACUGCAAUUCUGCGAAGCUUCGUUGAAUAAUUUAGAACAGUAUUCUCCCCGCGAGUGUGUAAAAAUUUCUGGUAUUCUUGAGGCAGAAGACGAAAACACAAGGGAAAUUGCAAUAAAAGUUAUUUAUCCUUGAAGAUAUAUCUCAGAGCAAAUCUAUGCCUUUCUUUUCUACAAUUCAUUUCAACAUAAGAAGUCAUUCUGCUAACCAUGAUGGUUUGACAAUGCUGUUAUCAGAUUUACAACAUUCACUCGAUGUUAUUGGCCUUUCCGAAACAAAGAUAAAAAGGUAACUGUGAUCUAACUAGCAACAUUGCUAUUGAAGGAUAUGAUUUUGUAUGGUUUGGGGCAACACUUAUGACCGUAACAUCAAACCACUUCAAAUAAUACAACGGAAUUAAAGCAGUCGGUUUAAUUACUUUCUCCAAUUUCGAUGCACAUACAAGUCCUCUGUUUGCUAAGCUUAACCUUCUUAAACUUCAGGAUCAUAUUAAUUUUUUUUUCAGUUUUAUUAUUCACACUUUAUAAAAUAUUUACAUUAUAUAAUAAGUUAGGAAUACACUAAUGAAGUAGAAGAAAAAGGAAAAAAAAGAAAAUUAAUGUUUUGGGUAGAAGUGUACGGUGGUAAGAGAAGCUUAGCUUUUGAGCUAACUACCGCCAUAUUGUGAUUGGAGACACAUGAUAAACAUGCGCUUGGUGCCAUGGCAACUAUGGACGAUUAUGCCAGCAGUCAGGUUAUGUGAGACAGUCAUAUUAUUACAAUUGUUACCUUUGAGAGUUAACUAGAAUUCGCUUAUAUUCUUUUUUGAACUUAUGGUAGCUAAGUGUUUUUAUCUUAGUAGGAAUCUCUUCCUAAGUAAUUGGUUAUGGCAAACUUAAAUGUGUGUUUGCCAUAAUUUGACCUUACACGUGGUACACAAAAGUUAAGAUUUGAGGCAUAUCUGGUAUUGUGUGAGUGAAUAUGAGACACCUUUACGAGGUAGUUUUGAAACUUUUCAGGGAUAUUGGCUUCAUUUUGUGAGAUUUUGUGGGCUAGCAAGGAGAUUUUGAUUUUAAAAAUGCUAUCUAUGUUAAGUAUAUCUAGAAGUUUGAGGUAGGGUGCACUACUUUCUCUAUUAUGGGUAAAAAAUAUGCAGUGUAUACAUUUAUUUUGUUUUGUUUGAACUUAAGUUAAUCUACUUGUUAAUUGGGUAUGUGUUUCCCCAACUCAUAAUUCCACAAUGAAGGUAGGGGUAGAUAAGUGAGUAAUAAUUAUAUUUGCUUGAGGGUGUUUAAAGUUAAGAAAUGGCGUAAUCUGAAAAGGAUUCCCAAGUUUUUAGAUAUUUUGCUGUUAAUGUGCUGAAUGUGGGGAGCCCAAUUUAGAUUUUUGUCAAUGUAGAUACGUAGGUAUUUGAUGUAGUUCUUUUCUUUACUUAUUGUGUAAAUCAAGCUUAAGUUUAUUUGCUUUUUUGGGGGGAGGAGACUGUCAUAUAGUGGGUUUUCUUAAAGUUUAUAGAAAGUUUAUUAGCUGAGCAGUAGCUAAGAAGAUGGUUGAAUUCCUCAUUUAUAGUUUUUUCAAGGUCCUUGCUCAGUAGAAUAAUUAAUUUUUUUUCCUGAAGCCAAAUUGGUGUUUAAAAAGAAUGUUUUCCUUUUCUAUGAAAUGACUUAGCUGAUUGUACGCUAGUCUUUCAAGGAUUUUAGCAAACGGAGAGAGGACAGUAAUGGGACGGUAAUUGCCAGGGUCUGUCACUGCACCAUUCUUAAAGGCUGGGGUAACCUUUGAGAUCUUGAAAAUAUCCAGGACAAUACCUGAUUCAAUGGAUUCAUUAAAUAAGCUUGUGAGGGGAGUUGAAAGCAGAUUGCUGGCAAUCUUGAUUAGAUAGUUAGGGAUAUCUAUAGUGGCUUUGUGCCUAUCAAGGCCAGAUAGUGCUAGCUCAACUUGUGCUGAAUCCACCGUGGAAAGAAAAAAACUAGAACUAUGAGUUGCUGGGAGGAAAGCAUCAGGUUUUAUACUUGAGUGAAUUGUAGAUGCCAAAUUUGGACCAAUAUUUAUAAAGUACUCAUUGAACUGAUUGACAGUCAUGUUUGCCAGUGUAGGUUUUUCCAUUGUAGUGUAACUUUGCUGGUACAGUGUGCCCUCUAGGUUUCCUGUUUAUAAUGGUGCCAAUUAACUUCCAUAUAUUUUUUAGGUUGUUCUUAUUAAUUUUUUUAGUUAUAGUAGGAUAACUUACAGGCCCAUUUCAGCUUAGGCAGGGGUCGCACUGUGGCCUUUUUUUUUAUGUUGCGUCAUAUGUUGUCCCACAAAUAUGUCACGACAUUUAGUCUUGGAGGUCGCACGUGUGGGACUUAAAUGAUAUUUGAAACCGGACUGUCAACUCUUAAUAUUUCACGCGCGAAAAGAGCGCCAACUUUUUCAUCGUCGAAACCCCAUCUCUCCCUUUGGUUGGACUUUUUUGUUCCUCCCGAGGCAACUGAAGGGACUGGUGAUGGCUGGAUUGGCUGCCCAUGUUCAAAAGCCCUGUGAAAAGACGGCUGCGAGGUCGAAGGCUGCGAGUCUUGGGAAAACAUCUGCAAGCUAAAGGGUGAAAACAAACCAUCCCCAUACUGAGAAUAAUCAGGUGGAUUAGUGCGAAUUUGUUAAUUGGUAUGAGUUGAAAUUCGCCAUAAGGACCAGAUAAACGUUUGUAGAGAAAACCGGUGACUGAAAUUUUGAACAGAUAGCUGUAGCUAGCUGUGCACAUGUGUUAUCUUCGAAGAAUUGCGAAAAUGCGAUUUUUGCCGGUAUUUCAGAUUUGACUGACAUUGUGGCCGAAGAAAAACAAAAAAUUGUUAUUUUACGGCCAUUGGACAAGAUAUGACCUGCUUCGAGGCAGGACAUCGGCUUUUCUGAUCUUUAGGUCCUUCGGACAUAGUUAUGGCAGGUCGCGACAAAAGGGUCGCACUUGUCGCAGGCACGCGAUGACAGAUUUUAUGUCCAAUGUAAACACCAAAAGCGUUAGUGCGACCCCUGCCUUAUUCAGAGUAUUUGAGUAUUUUUUAUAGUAACCUACCUUGUGUAGAUCUUUAGAAAGAAAGUGCAUGCGAUACAUUUUCUGCUUGUUUCUUAUAGAAUUUAAUAAGGUAUCUGUUACCCAUUGUUUGUGAAUCUUUUGUUUUAGACGGCUGCGGGUAUGCGUUUAAUUGGCUCAUGUUUAUUGGCUGUGCCUUUAAGUUUUUUGACAAAGCUGCUGGCUUUAGUGUGGAUGUCGGUUGGGUCAUUUAGGAUGCUACUCCAGUCAACUAACUUAAUGUCAUUCAGAUAGGUCUUGGAGUCAAAAUUUGAAUAGUCCCUGAAGAAUCUCUUUGGUUUUAGCCUUGUUAUCUGUCUUCUAAUGAAACAGGAAGUGGGCAGGUGGUCUGAUAUGUCUGUGGUGACAAUACCAGGUAUGAUUUGGUCAGUAGAGGCAUUUGUGUAAAUAUGAUCAAUAAGAGUUGCAGUAUGGCUUGUGUUCCUAGUAGGUUUUGUUAUGACUGGGAGGAGGUUAUACUACUGUAUAGCAUAUCAAGGUAGUCUUCAGUUUUGGAAUGUGUACCUGCUCUUAGACAGUCAAUAUUCAUGUCCCCUAGGAUAAAAACCUGAUGCUUGGAUUGGUUUAAGGGACUGACGAGGUUUUCUAGUUGAGAUAUAAAAUUAUCAAGAUUAGACGAGGGGUGCCUGCAUAUACAUCCCACAAUUAUACUAGGUUUGUGUUCCUGUAAGAUUUCUAUCCAGCAGGAUUCUGCCUCAACAGGUUUAAAGCUUAAAUGUGACCUAUGAAUUGCAUUUAGGGAGGAUGAGAUGUAAAUACCAACACCACCAGUCAUUGUUUUAGAAUCAGUACUGUAAAUUUGUAGUUAGGAAGAUCUAUGUUUGCUGAUGAGUUACAAUUAAUUCUAGUUUCUGUUACAGCAAUUACAUCAGGUAUAUUAUCAAAGCAAUAUAAAAGGUCGUGUAAGAGCUCGAAGGUUUUUGCUAGACUUCUAAUAUUACAAUGAAAGAGAAAAAUGGAAUCGUUAUCUACAUCAGCUAAAAGGUUAUUAGCAUCAGUUAUGGAAUAGUACUCAGAGCUAGGGGUUGACAACAUUAAAUCAGGGUCAGAUUCAUCGAACUUGUCAGGAUUUGGAAGGAUUUUGUACAAAUCAACACCACGGUGUGAAGUCACGGACAUUACCAGUGAAGUCACUGACAUUACCAGAACCGAGUACAAAUCUAAAUUCUCUUUCAUCUAAAUCAUGAAAUGGGGGUAUCCAAACAUUUGAAGAAGCCACUAUUAAAUAACUACUAAGUUACUACAAGGAGUAUUAACCAGAUAUUAAAGUUUCAUUGUGAUGGAGCAAUGAAGUCUUCGAAUUCUUCAAAUGUUGUAAAUGUAAAUGUCUGUGAGGUUUCAUGUUUACGUAGAUGGAUCUUACCAUUAUUAUUAUUAUUAUUAUUAUUUUUUUAAAUAUGUUUAUUGAUAAUCGCAUUAAAUAAUUACAUUUACAAAACACACACACAAAAAAAACACUUUAACAAGAGACAUUGACAGAGUAAAGCAAAAAAAAAAUUGUCAAAUUAUUACAGGAGGUGUUACAGGGCUAAAAGAAAUUGUAAAAAAGUACAACAGGGUAAUGAAAGAAUACGGAGUUAAUACAGUUAACUUAAAUAAGGCGUCAGUAUCCACUUUCUUUUAAAGAAUUCUUUGUUGCUGAUUUUUUCUCCUGUUUCAUAUUUAGCGAUGAUCUUGGCUCUAAAUCCAUAAAUGUUUGGAAGGAUUUGUUUGCUCCUGCAGUCCCACAAAUAGAGUUUUCCAAUAAUUAUAAAAUAGUUCAGCAAUUGGAGUAAAGGGCAAGCACUUUCCAUCAAAAUUCCAAAGAGCACAUUUUCCAAGCAGAGACAAAUUCAUUGAUUCGAAAUAAUUAAGGCACCAAUGUAGUUCAAAUUCAAUCCAAAACUGUUUAGAGCAUGAGCAGUGAUAGAACAAAUGCGUUAAUGAUUCGGGUUGAUUGUCACAGAAAGUACAUAAAUCAUUUGUCCUAAAACCUGUUUUAUACAACUUUGUAUUUGUGUAAAGAAUUGAGUUAAUUACUUUGUACUGGAAGGAUUUAAAAUACGAUUCGACAACGAUAGAGUGUGGCAGCUUAAAUAUUUGCUUCAGAUUGUCGCUGUUAGAAUGAAAGUUAUUGUCACCCACCACAAAUGUUGGUGAGUUUAUGGAAGGAUACCUGUCAUAACUUCUCAACGAUAAUAGAAUGGACCUGCAUAAGCCAGCCCAUUCUAAAAUAUUUGUUUUGCAUAUUUUUUUAGACAGUUGAUUAUAAGAAUCAGUACUGUUCAGACUAAAUAAAAGAUCCUGAAUGCAAAUGACUCUCGCAUUAACAUAAUGUUUAUAAUAAACCGGCUUGUUUUCUACUUUUAUUUCCUUGUUAUUCCAGAUUAUCGUUUUCCAAUCUUCUUCAGUGGCAAACUUUUCACGAAAUUGCGACCACCAUAACAAAAGUUCCUGGUAAAAUUGAGAAGGAAUUGUGUAAUCCGAGAUAUUGUAGUUGAAGUUAAAAAAGAACAAUCCCCCAACGGAGCUCAGUAUGUGUUGUAGGUAGCUUUUCUAAGUUCCAUUAGUCCCACUGAAGAUACGUUUUAACCAAGCUAAUCUCAAUGACUUAACCAUACACUCGAGAUCAACCAUUCUUAGCCCUCCCUCUUCGUAUUCGUUUAUAACUGAAGCUCUUGUCACCUUAUCUACACCUUUCCAGAGAAAUUUAAACAGUAUUUUAUUCAAUUCUUUUAGUAAUUCCUUGGGAGUUGGAAGGAUCGAACAAAUGUAAAUGUACUUAGGGAUAAGAAAAGAUUUGAUUAUUGUCACCUUACCGUAUAUCGACAGGCCUCUAGCGGACCAUAUAUUAAUAAGUUUUUUAAUUGAAUCCAGUCGUUCUAUAAAAUUCUUACCAUUAUUCGUACAUAGGAAUUUGUACUUGUUUUCCUUCUUGAAUUUGUUUACCCUUCCAAAGAGUUCACUGCGAUACUGGGUUAGGGAUUCAUUAAUGUACAUAGCAGAGUCUUGGUGGAUGCUUUUCCCCAUCUCACAAGCCACGAAUGGAAGCACGCUUGCUUUUUUCCCGCCAAGGUGCUUGCGUGACUUGUAGAACUCGUCACUCUUUUCUCUACGGACGAAUUUGACAAUUAAUCAGAAGAGCUCAGAAGUCGCGUCUGGUCGCCAUGAUACCCAGGCUCAGCAAGCUCAGCAAGGUACAAGUAUUCAUUGGACAUGUACCUUUUUGAAAUGAUGUUUGUUGAAAUGAUGUUUACCAGUUGGUUAUAUUUUUCGUAGUAAAAAUCUCUGUUUCUUUUUCUGGCGUUUGUAAUUCAUAAAUCAUGUUUUAAAAUGUGCCUAGCACUAGCUACCUUGUUUACAUGUUCAUGUAAUAGUUAGUAGCAGCUUCCUGCUGUGUUUACUUCAGUUCAUCUUAACUUAACUCGAGUACUCUUCAGAGCUCUUUCUAUCUUAGUUGUUUUUGUUGUUUUUGAGACUUGUAAUGAAUUUUGUUAUACAUGGUAAUUAACCUCAAAUUUCUGUUCAAAUAUUACCACCUUCAGUAGUUUCCAUGAUUACUGUAGUUCAUUCUCAAAAACUUUCUGUUAAUUUACAAUGCUCUGCUCUCAAGUACUGUACUGCAGUGGAGGUUUGCUAGCCAAGUGGUUGACACCUGGAACUUCAGAUCUGUUGAUCUGGGUUCAAGCUCUGCCAUCUUCUUGUUUUCAUAGACAAGAACCUUUUAUCUUCUAUGUCUGUCUCAGAUGUAUGCAUAUAAAUAUGUGCGGCCGAUGACUCACUGCUAGGGGUACCCCUCAUGGGUGCUAUUUGAAAAUUAUUGAAAUUAUUUAAUUAUAUGGUAGACAGUUAAAGUAAAACUCAACAAAUUUUGCCUGUGAAGGUUGCUUUGUUAAUCUUGUCUAUCCUGUGUUGGAGUUGCAUUUCAAUUUAGAGUUAUUAGCAAGUCCUGCUUAAUUCCAUGGAUAUUGGCUCAAAACCUGUAUUUCUUGAAUGAGACAAUAUUUUUAUUAAAAUAAUUAACCAAUUUAUUUAUUAUUCAAGGCAUUUUAUGAUAUCUUUUGAGUGAUUUUGACAUGUACCUGUGUCCUUUACUAGUGAAUUUUACUGGUGAAUAAGGAACAUGAACUGUAAAAUAAUUAUUUGGCAAAACUAUAGCAGUGGUCACAGUCAUUGGAAGCUAUGCUUAAGACAAACUGCAAGACAUCAUCUAUUUUUGGUCAUGUAGAUUUGUAGACAAACAAAGAAAAAGGUCACUAUUUCAGGGCUCGAAAAAAGUCCUGUCUGGUAUUCCAGGAUGACUAGAUUUUGUUGCUUGGCAAGUAACUUCUAAAGCAAACUAACCUUGCCUGAUGGACAUAGAUCCAGGCAAGUCGAACCAAAUUCCAACUAAAUCAUUGAGAGCUGCUUGCUCAAAGGACAACAUCUUGUUCCUCUUGUACCCAGAUACUGGGGCAGAAGUAUUAAAUACAUGUAUAUAGCUUACUGGUUCUAAAUUUCACUGAUCUUAGAUUUUGCCAAUUGUAUUUUUUGCAAUUCUAAAACAAAUCCGGAAAUUAAAGAUGCAAAUAAAAUUUCUCAUGAAUUAAAGCACUCAAAAUUUAAUAACUGUAAAGAAAAUUCAGAUCACAGAAAAAAAAAUUAUUUGCGCUUGCGUGUAUGUUAAAACUCUUAGUGUUGUACAUGUAAGUUGCGGCUCAUUGAGAAAAUCCUACAUUGUAUAUAUGUACGUUGUGAUAAGUCAAGUUUUUUCACACAUGUUGGCCUUUCAAAAAGUGAGUCUUGCAGUGUAUAGCCACCUUUGUAUUAAGUUUAAUACUAGAGGAUGCGAAACGAUAACCCUGCAAAGUUUUUUAUGGGGGAUUUGAUUUAUUUUUGGAUGAUGAGGGAUUUCCACCAAUUUGUAAAGGGACUCAGGGAGUAAAGAAAGUCAGUUUGACAGUUUGCCAUUUGGGCGAGCUGUAUCUAGCAUGCACUAGCCUAAGAGUCUCUUUAACUGCCCUGAAAAAAAUAUUUGAUGAGCAGGAUUGUAUAUCUGUAAUUUGAAUUCCCCAAAAAACUUAACCUGCCCAGCGGGCAAUUAGUUAAGAACAGAAUUCACUAGCCCAAUAGCACAAUCCCCUAGCCGCAGGCUAUUGGACACAAAUUUCUUUGCACACUGGGACUUGAAAUGAGAGAUAAUUUUGGUUACAAGGAGUGACUUAUAACUCAUAUUUUUGGGCCUCAAAUGAGUUAUUUGUAUGAACAAAUACAGUGUCUUCACUCUUGGGUGUUGAACUGAAAUUUUUUGUGCAACAUGUUGCUUGUUCAGCUUGUAAUAUGGGCAAAAAUACUUUUUAACUUCUAAUGGAUUCUGACAACUUGAACAAAAAUGUUGCCUGUUUUACUUGACCUUUCAGCUCUUGAAACACCUUGCAAUCAGUUGCUGGGUCUGGUUUUAUAAUGUAUGUGCUUUGUUGAUAAAGUACACGUAAAUUGUAUACUGUAAAUACAGUAGUUUUAAAUACCCUCCUCUCCAAAGCACAGCCACAGACUCUUUAAAACUGCACAGCCUAGAAAAUUGAAGACAACCAAUGCUGUUGUCAAUGAAGGCUCGUACAACCAAUUGAUUAAUAAAAGCUUGACUUAUCAAUUAACACGUUUUAGUAAAUUAACUCAUUAACAUGAUAAAUUGCCCUGACAUGUUCAACUGGCUGCUACAUUACCAUCUACUGGCUACAGAAAUGUAGCCGCCUUAAAAUUCAAAAGUGACAUUGUCUAUUAAAGUACAUGCAGCUGAGUAUUUCAUUCCACGCUUAAGACCUGUUGUAGGGAAAUGAACUUCAGGUAGAUAAGUGUUGUGAUUCACAACUCUCUUUUCCUGUAGAAAUUUAUUGGUUAGAGUUUCUCUCCUCCUCCACAGGGAGGAAGGGGAUCUUGGUAGAGUGACUUUGCCUAAGUGGCGUAAUUAAGAACUCUUUAAAAUUUAUUUCACUCUUUCGUUUGUUACAGAAAGAAUCUCAAGAAUUGCCUUUAUCUUUAUCAUUGAUCACAUCACGAGAAGCCUCCUCAAGUGUCUUCUUGUCCACAUCAGAACUGGAAGAACUUGUUACACCAACAGUGGCUCCAGCCACCCCAAGCUAUGAUGCUGAUUUGUCCAUUACUGUCGUAAACCACGCAAGUAGCAGUGACUCAUACUCACAACCAAGGGAAUACAUGGUUUCAUCAGUAAUCCUUAUACCUCCUAGUAAUCCAAGCCAGAUUCAGUCGUCCCAGGGAAGUCAAAAUGUUAGAGCUGGCACUUUCUCUGAGGGAGUGGUAGCAACAAAAGAGCCAAAGGUGUUCUCUUCAGUUUUAGACUCCGUGUAAGUAAACUUUACAGUGCAAUGAAUUAAAAAAAUUAAUACCACAAGGUGAAAAACAGAUGAAAGGGUAAAUUUAAAGAAUGAAAAUAAUACACCAUUAGUUUCCUCUAUAUACCUUAUAUUAUAUUAUUUACAGAUAAUUUUUAUCUGUUUACUAUUGCAGCCCUCCAAAUCCAAUCAGCAGUGAGCCCACGCCUGCUGCACCUUCAGCAACAAGUCCAAAGGAGGAAGAAGACAGCAUAAUGGCAGCUUUAAACCAAGCAGCAGAAGAGGAAACCAAACUGAAGGAAGAAGAGAUGCCUUCAUUUGAUGAAUUUAAAAGAAGAGUUUUACAGGAAGAAGAAGAGAAAAGUAAACAGCAGAGUGCUGAGAACUCAAGUGGAGCUGCACCCAAACCCAAGAAAUUAAAGGAACGGAAACAAAGCAAUUAUGCCUUAGUAGACUGUGGUGCAAAGAUCUUAGAUCAUAAUCCAUGUUUUGAACAGCUGUGGUCAGAAGGUUUAUUAUGUUCAGCAACUUUCUAACAUCCUAUUACACAUUCAUCGCACUUGUUUUGUCUCAUCGAGGCUUAAAGAACGAGAUAUAUUACGCAUAUAUCAUGCCUUUUUCGCCUUCUUGUGGCUUAAUGAGCGACAUAUUUAGUGUACAACACAUUUAUCAUGCUUGUUUCGUCUAAGGCUUUAAAGAACAAGACAUUGCACAUAUGACACCUAUGAUUGUCUUAUUAACGAAUCCCUUAUUUUAAGUACCUUGUAGGUAGAAAUUUCUUUCUUUUUUUUGGAAUUCAGUCGAUGCGAAGACAAUUUUUAGCUGAAUUAAACAGAUACAUUGUAGCAAAUAGUGUGACAUAAACUCUGUAAGUACCUUAUGUGCUGUCCUUCAUUCAAUUAGGUUGAGAUGUUGAGUCACUUUGGCUCAGAGCAUUACUGCCCACUGAGCCUUCUGCGUGUGCACGGCAGCAGCAUGAUGGAAGAGCUGGAAGACCAUGAAACAGAUGGACAGGAAGAGAAUGAUAACAGUGACAGUGACAGUGAUGUGCCAGUGUUACCUCCUGAUCCUAGUGCCAAGGUUGAAGAUCAACCCAAGGAGCAAAAUCUGCUGGAAAGAGCAGCUGAUACAGUUUUUAAUCUGGUCAAGAAAUUCACUGGAAAUGGGCAUGAUAACAAGCAAGAUAAGGAAGGAGAUGAUAGUAAACUCGGCGCCCAAGACAAUAAAAUGACUGCUUCUGAGAAGGAAUCCCAAGGUGAAAGCAAGGGCAAAAUUGUCACUCUUGUUGGUCAUGAAGAGCUCAACGAAAAUUCACAAAUGAGUGGUGACAAUGCCUGUAUAGUAAAGCAAGGUCACAGAGGUGAUAGAAAUGCUUCACAAGGAAAAUGUGUGUCUGGUAAUAUAAGCCAUGAAGAUAGUCCGCCUUGCAGCAAAGCAGAUAACGAGGUAGAGACUCGUACAUGUAGCCCUGCUCCGUCAGCAUGCCAGUUGUUUGCUCAGGUAUUGGGGCACUACAGUCUGGGGUGUUUUGUGGGACGAAUACUGUUUUCAAAGAAUGAAAACUUUACAGUAUCAAUGAAUUUAGCCACGAGUGGUGAUUACAAGCGAAAUUUAAUUGUAGCUCAUGAAAAAGAUAAAGGUGAAUCUUAUGAAAAGAAAGAAAGUCAAGACCAAGAGAAAGUUCCUGCAGAACAGGCUGGAGAGCCAUCUACUGCUGACAACUCAGAAGAGAAGAGUGCUGAAUUAGAUAUCGUAGACCAAGAAUUCUCUGUUAUCAUUCCUGAAAUGUCUUCCAGCGUUCUGAAAAUAUCAAAAGAAGUUACCAGCUCAGGUGCAUCGGGAGUUUCAGAAUAUGUUGACCCUUCGCCCGGAGUUUUGCAGCCUAGCGAGUCACUAAACAUUUUCGUUUCAGAGAAUGAGAGGAAGAGGGAAACUGAUGACAAAACCCCUUCAUUACCAGAAGUGUCAGUUGUUACGUCCUUACCCUUAAAUGCCACUCUGCCGGCUUCUUCGUCUGCGGUACUUAAAAGUUCCCAAGUGCCAGUAAUUAAGGAUUCUUUUGUUGAUGUUCCACAAGGUGAAUCCAAGUUACACGAUCAGCAGGAGUUAAAUUUACAACCUGUACAAAGCAUUCCUGACAGACCGUCAACUGUGUUAGGAAGUGAACAGGCACACUCUGUGACAAAAGGCACUUCUCAACAGCCAUUGCCUUUGAAUGUGAAGGAUAUAAGUUCCAAAGAUGAAGAGAAAGUAGAAGACAAUGUAACUGUUAUUGAUGAAUUAAACAGUAGCAAGGGUAAAGAUCAAACCGAAGCUACACCAUCAGAAUGCAAAGGGCCAAAUUCAAUUCACAUUAUGUCACAAUCUUCUCCAGAUAUUGACGUCUUGGAGACAAAACUCACUGACAAAGAUGGACGAGAGGGUACUGCUCAAUUACCUGAAGAGGUACAUUUAGAAAAAGAGCCUAUACAUAGUGCCAGUGAAGCGUCAGAAUCAACCAAAGCAACUGAUUUUUCAAGGAUAAAUUUAGAACCAGUUACAACAGAAGGUGAAGGAUUGAAACCAGAUUUGGACAACCAGGAGCCGGGUAUUGAAAGCACAAAAUCGACAUCGAAAAUGUUGGAAUCUGAAAAUGUGGAUCCAGUUAUUCAGCCUACCACUCCUCCUAGUAUUGACAUUACUGACACUUCAGACCCUGUUCUUCCUUUGCCAGCUCCUCCUGUUAUUGGAGACACACGCUUACCUAGCCAUGAGUUUUCAACUGCAGCAUCGUCAGCAGAAGCCACUCUUGAUACUUCAAUCCUCAGCAAAGCUCAACAAGCCGCUGUUUCUUCUUCAGCUGGACUAUCGUCAGGGGUCGGGUCAGGAGGGCAGAAGGAAUCCAUAUUUGUUCGUCUUAGUAACAAGAUCAAGGUUCUGGAACAGAAUUUGAACAUGAGUACCCUGUAUAUGGAACAGCUGCAUCAGAGGUAACUUUUACAAAUCUCUUCAAUCUCUCGUUGAUACAAGUGGUUACAGCACCAUGUUCUCUUUAAAGCUUUAUUUGUGUGGGCCCAGGCUCCGGCCCCAAAAGGGAAAAGGCGGAAAAAAAAAUCAGCAAAUGAAGUGGCGGAAAUGACCUUUCCCACACCCCAGUCCAUGUUUUUUUGUUGUAGUUGUAGUUGUUGUUGUCUUUUUCUUUUUUUGGCUGUUUCGACCCGUUUUUUGCCUUUUCCUCCACUAUGGAGCCUGGUCCCAGGCUAAAGCUACACAUACAUGUACAACCUGAUGGACACCACUCUUUAGAUGGUUCCAUCUAUUAAUUUUUUUGAAUUACGCGCUAUAUUACCAUCUCCUCUAAACAUCUAAUAAAAUUACCCCAACCCCUCCCCUAUUCAAUAGUGGUUUGGCCUUUAAACCCGUGUAUAUAAUUCUGGGCCCAGUUGUUCAAAGGCCGAUUAGCACUAAACCCAGGGUUAAAUUUAACCCGAGUUUCUUUUUCUUUUUUCGAAAGCAUUUUCUCGGAUAAUUUGCUCUGUUGUUUUUAAGACCAUCCAAAUAUCAACUUGUUGACAAAAAGAAUUAAACUGAAUUUACUUUUUAACCUUUCAUAUCUGAAUUCAUAUUUCGCACUAACCCUAGGUUAUCUUAACCCAGCUUUGAACAACCCGGCUCUGGGUCCGGUUCCUGAAAGGUCGAUUAGCACUAAUCCAAGAUUAAAAUUUUGUUCCAUUUUUGUAAUUUACCUUCCUACGUAUUGCUUAGAGUAACCUUUUGUGUUAUCAUUACUGUAUCUCGGGGUAAAGGCUCAACAGUAUUUUUUUUAGCUCGAGUUGCAUGUCCUUAGACAAGAAAACCUUGCUUAAAACUAGGCUUAAUCCUGGGUUAAACUUAACCAACUUUCGAGGAACCAGGCCCUGGUAUUACUCCAACAAUUGUUGGAAGAGAGGAAGGGGGAGUAAGACAAUUAAUUUAAGCAAGGGGUUUCAUUUUAGUCCGAAUGACAGGAAAAACAGGUCUUUUUCAAUUUGUAUCAACCGGUUUAGAUCACAGUUGUAGCUGAUCUCUAAAUGCGUUUACCGUAGUACAUGACCAGAGUGAAAUAAAAGUAGUUUAGAGUUCUCGAAGAAAGUGCUAGGGACAAUCCCAUCACUUCGUAUCUUUUAGUUCCUUCUUCAGAGAAGUUAUGUUUAUGUAGCCUGAAAUUCAGACCUUACUGAGGGAGUAAAAACGACUCAAAAUAGUUGUCUGAAAUUCAGGCUUAUUUUUAAGGUCAUUGCGAAGAUUCUACUCCCCCCACCCACCCUCUUUUCUUUUUUUUUUUUGCUGGGGGGGGAGUUAAACAGGUUUAAAUCUUCAGAACUGUAGCUUGUGCCUUGUGUCUUUUCUUGUUAGAAUGCACGUUGUGUUUGUCUGGUUUUGAUCUUAUCAAGAGAAACAAAGUUGAUGCUUUAUGAUGCUAAUAGGAGUUGCCUUAUUUCCGGUUACAGAUACCGCAAGUCAGUGGAAGAAUUACAGAAGAACUCAGAUAAGAAAGUUGCCCUGUUGACCAAUGCUACCAAGAAGGCAGAGACUAUUGUAUGUAUAAUCUUUAUAAUUCUUAGUGUUGGGAAAAAGUGGUGAGAAUUACGAAGCGAUCAGUAAUUCUAACCUUUGUUGAAGCGAGUGUUUCCUACACAACAUGUUCUUAGCUUAACAUUGAUCUGAGGAAGUUGAACCUUCCCAAAAUACAAUAAACACCCGCUAAUACAUUUGUAAGAACCUGUGGAUUAAGGACCUGCUGGCAGAAAUUUGGCAUUUUAAUACCUAAAAAUGUAAGAACCUGUUUAGCCAAGCAAAAUCAAGCAGGUUCUUGUAUGUGUCUUACAGGUAAAUACUGUAAAGAUAAACAUUUUUACCAAGGAGUUUGACUUCGAGAUUGCCAAGUGAUAUUUCAAGAAGAUACUCACACCAAACUGAAUUACAGAUAGACGUAUUACUGUAAUUCCUCCAACGAAAAAAAUGUUUAUAAAAAGUACAGUUGUAAUUGUCUUCAUGAACCUUACAUGAGGGGUUUGCAAAGUACAGUUGUGAAUAAACUAUUAAUAAUCACAGGAGUUCAGGCUUCAGGAGUAAUCAUUGUUCGUUUAUUGCGACAGUGCUGUUUCGUAUGGUCCGAAAUUGUAGGACCACACUCAUCAGGCAACUUCAACGAUUGACCGUUAAAAUUAAAAGCUGGCAGUAAAAUAUAGGGAUGCGUUAAGAGAUAGUAUCUAGGUAACAGAUGGAUUGUGUCUUAGUUACGUUACUCUAGGGUUCUGAAGUACAUAUCUGUUUCUGUGGGGGCAUGAACUCGCCAGUUCGUUUCGCCUGUUUAGGCUACAAAGCUCUUUUUUACAAAUGAUGAUAAACUUUUCAUAAAGACAUAGAUUACAUUUUUUGCCAAUGUUGCUAUAGGCUUUACAUUUCGUUAAAACUUUUAUAUCUGGAAAGAUUUCUUAGUGUCUUGUAAAGUCCAAAUAUAUUUUGAGAGUUCCGUUUCAUUUCUUCUGUUCGAGCGUCGAAAGGAGGACUGAUGAACACUGUAUAUUUAAGGACCAAACUCUCAAGUUUCUUUAUUUUUCUGGUAGUCAACAACUAUAUCUCCUUCACAGAAAUGAAGAACCUAAUAAAGAACGUUCUUAGACUAAAUUACCAAUAACUACCCCGAAAUAAAAGAGCCUUGUUUGCCAGGCCUCAAAUAAUGUAGGUUCUUAUUAGUUGGUGGUAACUCUUCCGUGCAUUUUCUACCCCUCAAUUCGCGAAAAUGAACGUUCACAGGAAUUUUGUUUAUCGUCCUCUUAAAAAUUAUCCGUUUGAGAUUGGACGAGAUUAGUACAAUAAAAAUAACUUGGCGUGAAUGCCCUACUUUGCAACACACCAAUUUCGACUGAGCGUGCUCCUUGUCAACGAUCUUAAGUGCUCAACGAAUUAAAGCUAUGGAACAAGCUCGAGUUGGAUGAAUUAAAGGGGCUGUGUCACGGCAGUCCAGUUCAUUUUGAUUAAUUUUGCCAAUUACUCACCCCCAAUCGCUAUGGAACUUAAAGUAGGCAAAGAAAUUACAUGUAAAUGACAAAAUCAGAGAUCCGAGACAAACAAAUGUCUCCCGAGUAUUAUUUUUGAAGUUGCAAGCAGCAGGGAUCAACUUUGAAAAAUUGUUAGGCUGAACAGUUUUCAAAAACCCUAAUUUCAAUCCGUUUCAAUCUUCUUCAGUUUUGCCCAUCCGUGGCAUUUGUUGUUUCCGUUGUGUUAUUUUAACCUUCCUUUAAUGUUUUAAGCAGUUAUCUUUAUGUUUCUCUUAAUUUAACGGGCAUUUUGUAAUUUCCUAAUUUGGCUGAAUUUCCUGACACAGCUCCUUUAACUGCUGUGAAAGACAGUUUCAAACUUACUCCCACCCAGAUGCUCUCUAUUGGCCCGUCACUUGAAGAUAACGUCAACACUGGUCUAACGAUGGUAGAACCUGUAGCGCAACCAUUUACGUUUGAUGGCGUUCGCCACGUUCCAUCAAGCGCCGCGUUUGGUAUACGUUCUACAGCAGUUCGGGAGUAUGCCAGUUUUGGAAGAAGCGAAAACAAUGGUCUACGUCACCAACCAUAACAUGAUCACCAUGGCGAUGGUCAUUUUCAAAACAUACAAAAUGGCGGACAAGGGAGAGGAAAGAGUAUUGACAGAAAUUCUCGUUUAUUCUUGUUUCAUCGAGCUUUUUAAUUUGUCUUCUCCUUACUAUGAAUUGGGAAGUACCUUGAGGACAAGGAGUAACCGUUGUUGCGCUAUAGUUCUUCGCUUAUUGCGCGCUUUGUAGGCACUUCGUACUCACAGCGUAUGUAAUCAGUACAUCGAAAAUAGGUAAGCACGCAACAAGUUUGUGCCUAUUUCUUUCAUUAAUUUUUUAUAUUAUAAGAAAAAAGAAUGCUUUGGAAACAACUAAAAAAGUGAGUUGUUCUAUAAUUUAUUUCCUUAUGUUUGCAAAGAGUAAGUUUUACUAUAAUUUUUCCCGUUGCUUCUGUUUCUCUCUCGGGGAGUGAGCGACUGGCCAGAGAAGACGGCUGUAAUUCAGGUUAUUGUUUUGGUGCAAGCGAGUCAUUUGUGAGUAAAAUAUCUGUUUUUUUCGAAUAUGAUGUUCUGUUGGUGUAUGUCCUGAACCGGUUCCGUCCAGGUAUACAACAGGUUUACAAGGGAUUUCUGAGGGUAUUGUGUUCGCGUUUUCUUCUUGAAAAUCCACAAAGUGAAAAUCUUGCUUAUCAUCCCUGAUCAUUUGUUCUUUGUCCCGCUUCCAAAAAACCUACUGCUUUCAAUUAUUCCACUCUCUGAAGUUCACUGAUUAUUUGCUCAAGCUUAACAAAUGCAAGAGACUCUUUAGAAUUUAAUAUACAUAUUGGAAAACUAAGAAUGCCUGUUACAUGUUUUUGGAUAUAUUGAUUGAAAUGGGAUACUUUAGUCUUGUAGUCCACCGGAUUUGACCAGAGGUCAGAGAUCAACAGGGUUAUGGGUUGUUAUAAAAUACCCUCUUAUAUGGGAUUUGAUGUAUAUCCGAAUAAUACUAAAUUAUUGUUUUUAACUCUGGGGUUGCCUUCAAACCAAAGGCAUUGUAACUUUGAGGAGCACUUUUCUCCAAGUCUUCUCUGUGGGGACCCUCAAACAAUUCUGUUAGACAAGGUUUGGCCCAAAAUAAUAAUGAUUGCUGCACUUGGCAUGGACACAACAUAAGUUUUCCAAAGUUCUUUUUCAUAGUUCUCCAUGUUUCUAUUGAACAGCACUUUCAAGAAAACAAAGCUCACACAUCAGAGUAAAGAUACAAUUAUAAAAAUUAUUAAUUUUAUUGUUACAUUUUGCUUUUUGUAAAUAAACAUUUUAUUUCCGGUCCUGACAUAAACUGAAAGCAAGGGAGCUAUGCAAGUCACGCAGACCAUCAGCAAAAAUAAAGUAAAAACAAGAAAAAACUUCAAAUUUUACAGAUUACGGUUGAGCACUCAUUUUACUGAUUAGGGUUUAGGUUGGGGUUAGGGUUAUGAUUAAGUGCUGUUUAGGGUUAAACACUUAUUUAUCAUGGUUAGCUUUUAGUUAAUUCUUUCGGUAUUACUGUUUUCGAUUUUUAUGUAUUCUUUUCAAUGAGUCGUAUCUGACCUGCAUGACUCGCUGCCACGGCUCGCUGGCUCGCAUAUUAUACACACUCUUAUAUCUCAAAAUCUUGUUUUUUAACACCUUCUUGGACAUGAAAACCAAAAACCAAAGCUUAAUUGAUAUAAUGAAGACAGUAGCAGCUGACAUAGGUUUUCAAUAUGUCUCUCAUGUAUUAUUUAUUAGGGAGGGAUACAUUAAUAUAAAUGCUUUUUCAUCGAGAGAAUCUCAAUAAUUUAGGAUUUAUUCAAAUACAAACAUAUUCAAUAUUAUGACAUAAAAUGUGGGCUUAUUGCUCAUGCAAAGGUAUUGAUGGGGGAGAGUGUGGCAUUUUUCCUGUUUCAGAUUGACCUUUGCACAGCACAGGGACUGAACAUAUUAUGUAUUUGGCAUUUGUAAAGGAUAAACAAUAUUUGACGCAAGGGAUUGAACAUUAUGUGGAGAAAAUCUUCACAAGUGUCCACUUCCAUGACUCCUUCCUCAUCUAUCUCCUUUAAAGCCCCUUGAAUAAGGGCCACAGUCUCUUCUAUGGUUGAAUGGUCAUUGAGUGUCAGCUUCCACUCACAAGGUAUAUAAACCCCCCCCCCCGUCCAACCUGUUUCCCUCUUACCCAUUUUUGAGAGGGAGGAGGGGCUUUUGUGGUGGUAGGUAAGCCUGUGACCACACUACAAAGAAACAAAAACACAUGUUUGAUUUUACUGAGGAAGGGUUGAAUUUGGACAUUAAAUUUUUUAUUACAGAGUAAUAUGAGACGAAUCUAAAGCAACCUUUUGCCCUCAGAGCACAAAUAUGUCGUUCUGAAGAUAUUUAACAUUUGUCUUCCUCGUUCCUGUUCCCAGCUUUUUGGCACAAACGCGACAACAUGUUUGUAAUAUGUCCAGAUGUUUGUCUACAUUUUGGACGGACAUCCUCAUCAAAAUAUAAGAAAUCAAUAUAAGAACCUACUCACACUGAUUUAAAACUUAUUCCACACACAUGAUCUGGAUCAAUAAAGUGAUUUCUAGAUCAGAGUCGCAUACACUGCCGGUGAACACAACCAAAGACAGACUUGAUCGCUUCUAACUAAAAAUACAUAGACAGACUAAGGCAUAACCAUCAAUAUAGUAACCCUUCCCGUCCGUUGGCAAUUUACAAUGUGUGGUUACCAUUUUUACUAGGUUGUUACCAUCGAUGAAACUUUGCCUGAACACACCUUACACGUUGUUGUUUUGAGGAAAAUUAGUCUUGAUUUCGUAAAAAUUCGGCAAGAUACUGAAAACUAAACAUAAAGACAUGUACUUACAUUCGAUGCCCGUCAAGAUGGCGGCGACGUCUUCGAACGCUGUUCGAUAACUGUCGAUUUUAACUACCGUAAUGCGGCACGAAACUGCUCUUGACAUUCAAAAAGCAAGGAAAAGGCUUCUUCAUCAGCGCUGCUAGCUCAGAAGUCCCAGAUAUUGAACGAGUGAACCUGGAACAGGCUUUAAAAAAAGCUCCCUUGUUUGUGGCGAUUAUUUUUUCCCAUUUUUGCGUAUUUUUAGCAGAACAAUGGAAUCAUGACGUCAUCGCUUCUUCCAAAACUGGCAUACUCCCGAACUAUACAGUGUAGACGAUUUCCUGUGCGAGUGUCUUGUUUACAUGCACAUAUUAAUCGAACCAACGUUACUUCUUUUUAAAUGUACACUUUACACAUUUCCUUAUACAGAUCAACAACCAAAAGGAACAGAUCACUAAACUGCAAUCAAAGCUGGAUAACCUGACCAACGCAGUUGGUGAUAUGAAAGCCCGUAUGGAUCCACUCAAUAAGGAAGUGAUGGAGCGCCAUGUUAUCGGUCUUUGCAUUGAAAUAGUCUUAAUUCUUCUUCUGUUUAUACUGUUUGCAAAUAGAAACAAUAAUCAGGUGACUUCUAACUCACCCGGGAGGUCAGCGCACCUACUGAACGGUCAUGGCCCCCCUCGACUUGCAAUUGAAGAUAGCAAACGCAGCAAAGCCACUGUCUUGUCUGAAGGUGAGUACUACGUUCGUGCACUAGGAAUAUUCAUCUGGCAUUUUAUCAACUUGAUAUCAACAUGAAAUGUCUCCCCACAUACCUCCUUACGUUCUGCUUAGUAGUUAAAAAUAUCAAUUUGGAUUACUUUUUAGUUUGCUAUUUCUGAGUUCCAAAAACUCUCAUUUCCAAAACGAGGCUAAGUGACAUUGUUUUCUCGUGAAAGUCAGUUUAAUCUGCAUGACAAUGAAUAUUAUGUUCAUAUCAAUUAUACUUCAGAACGCAUUUAUGCAACAAGAGGUUUUCAGAACCCUUUAUUUGUGAUAUCGAAGCAAUAUAUUUUGUUCAUUCAUUUGUUCAUUUUUACCACCACAUUGCAAUUUACUGAAACAUCUAUUGUCGGUCCAAUGUGUACAGUGUACUAACGUAUUUAUUUUUUUAGUUAUUUAUUUGUUUUUUAUUUUAGUUCCUAGGUUAAGUGGAAAAGAACAGCUUCUUUUCAGUUUUGUCAAGAUGGCGGAACCGGAGAGUAUCGAAGGCGGCACUGAUACAGAUCACCAUGACAACAAAUUAGUAAAGGCAGGUUUUCACACAAUGCAGUUGUGUAUUUUAUAAUUGAAUGGUGAAAGCUAGUCCUUGAUGUUUGAAUUUAAAUGUUAAAUGUUAGUCCACUAGAAGGUUUCUAGAGUAAGCUCGAAUUAUCAUUCGCCAGUUCUGUUUAUUUCCAGAAGGGGAAAGAAUAGGGUGUAUACUGUUCCAUUGCAAAUACAGCCGCCUCUCGUCGCUCUCCGUCGCUAGGAAAUAGGGAGCUUUAGCAUCGACGACGGCAACUGCAGGGAAAACGUCAGUUUUAAAAUGAAUUCCCGUUUUUUCAAUCUUUGUCGCGUUUACUCCAAUUUGCUGAAAAUGGCAAGUUUAGGCGAAUUUCCCUGGAGUUGACCGCACUCAAGUUUAGAGAGAGAAAAAGAGAUUCGUCGUCGCUUGUUCACGUCCUCCAUAAAACUUGCAAUUAGGCAUUUUCACGUCGUAGUCGUGCAAGGACGGUAAAGAAAUGUACAAAAAAGCGUGAUACACGUGCAAAGUUGUUGUUUUGCGUAAUAAAGCUAUUGCUUUUUUGACGUCCUAUUUGCCGUCGCCGUCGUCGUUGCUAAAGCUCCCUAGUUUAAGAUACGGAGACUACGGACUACGAACUACGGCUGGACGAGCGUUGUCUUUUGUUUGUAGCACUGAGUUGAGUCGUACAAAUAUAGAACGUUAAGAUUGCACUACAGACAGUAGACUACGAGAGAAGAGGCGGAGAGGGAAACAACACGCAAAGAUUUUCUUGUUUUCAUCACAGUUCACAAAAAUGCAAGUCAGUUUUGCAUGUGAUCUUAUCUUUAGAUCAAUGAACAAAUUCUUCCAUAUUUGAAGGAAGCAAUUACGUCGGGUGAAAUUGGUGAACAAAGUUUUGGUUACACAGGUUUUAUUUUUUUCGCCCAUGAAUACUUAUGUCAAAUACUAAAGAAAUAGACAGAAAUAGUAUAAUAGCUCAUUUAUUAGAUUCUCCAACGUACUAAUCUGAUAUAGUUUGAAGUAUUGAAAUGCCGAGUUUCGAUUGUCUCGAAGAUGUUUACAUCAUUUUCAUUUAGCAAAUGCGAUACAAAAACUCGCAUAAACAAAGGUUACACAAGUAGAAAGACACAUUAGUCAGUUAGAACAAACAUUGAAACUUUUCAAGUGCGAAGAGAAAGUAAAUUACCUGCAUGAUUUCUCUUCUCCUGGGCCGUCAAUUUGAAUUCUGCUUAUAAACAGCUUAGCUUAUUUAAAUAUGAGCUUAGCUAGAUAAAAAUGUAGUCACAACAGUGGAUUAAAAGCGUAAAUCUGAGCAGAAAUUAGACACAACUUACAGAUUUCGCUUCCCUCUCACUUAAAGCAGGUGAAUUGAAAACUUUUUUAUACGAAAAGACGAGAUUCUUGAAUUACCGAGACGGCAAAAUACGAGCAAAAUAAUCAGUGAAAGGUUCCGGCAAUUCUGCUUUUUACAAAAAGAUCAACUCUGCUACUUGAAAAGAGCAGAAAAUUAACUUUCUGCAUUUAUUUUUCAUAGAACAAAAUGCAAAUUUGUUACCUUUUUUGUUAAUGCUAGUCGAUUAGGUGAGAAGUUAAAAAAAGGUACCUUUUUAGAAAAAAAGUAGGAGGGUAUUUUAAGCUUUCGAGUGAAAAUAUUUUAACGUCAAUAUUGUCCGCUUUUCAUCCAUUUCUCACUUUACCAAACAAAACUUUAAAGCGCCAAAAAGGUACCUUUUUUUCAGUUUGAAGCGAUCUCUUCAAAAGCGCGAAAAAGGUACUUUUCUUACGGUUUAGAAACGUUCCUAUCAAAAGAGCAAAAAAGGCACCUUUUUUGCGGUUACAAGCAAUCUCAUCAAAAGCGCGAAAAAGGCACCUUUAAAAAUAAAUGAUGUUUCAAUUAAAAUCCUACUGAUUGACAGAUGUCAAGCAACCGUUGGCGCCGCUAACGUACGAUACACAGACGUUUUUAGGGGACUCUAUGUCCCGUUUCUACAAUCGAAUUUCGCAGUCCCGAAUCUAAUUAAAACGAGCAAAACCCAUCCUAGACUGCCCUAGAAACACCUGUAUGGGAGGCUAUUCUUCAGUGGCCCCGGCUAUUUAACAGAAAUGGCUCGGACGCGCAAUAUUAUAAUUAUCGCGUCCUGCAUUAUUGGCAUAUUUUCCGAGCUACGUACGUGGACGAGGGUCUACUAUGGGGAAUCAUCGGACUGAAAAAAAAAAUAGCUGGCUCCUUUUAGCCGAUCAAAAUUGAGAAACUAGACUGAAGAGAUCCCAAAAUACUGGCUACCAUCCAAAUGGAUGAAAUAGCUACUGGUUCUUUCAAACUAGAUGCAUGUGGAGGACCUAAGCAAGCCGUUCCAUUUUUAAGCGUUUUGCGAAGACUUAAAAAAAGUCCUAUAUGAAAAGUCGAACCAUUUUAAUCUGCGAAAAAAAAAAUAUCAGAUUCUACGUCGAUCUACGACAAACAGCAGAGAAGUGUUUUUUUCUUGAGUCUAAGCUGAGCGGGUUAUCAUAAUAACUGUUUUGUUUCGUGGGUGCCUUUUUUCACUUCUGAACGAUGGAAUCCACUUCGUAUUCGUUCAGUCGUCUUAUCCCAUAUUUAGCACAAAACAAUCGCACGUUUCUUUCUGAAAAGCCUCUUGUUACUUCUGGAAAGUUUUGUCCGAGAAUUUCACCGACAUGUUUGUACGUUUUAUUGUCUUCAAUGAGAUUCCUUAUUAAAGUAACAUUGCUUUCCAUUUAUUCCACCAUAUUUGUCUCUUGACUCGUGGGUCAGUCAAUUCAAGCAAAACAAAUGGCCCCAAACGGUUGACAUCUGUCAAUCAGUAGGAUUUGAAACGGCUUUUAAAUAUAGUUUGAAAACGCCAUUUAUUUUUAAGGUUCCCUUUUCGCACUUAUAAGAACAUCGCUUCCAACCGCAAAAAAGGUACCUUUUUUGCUCUUUUGAUAGGAACCUUUCUAAACCACAAAAAGGUACCUUUUUCGCGCUUUUGAAGAGAUCACUUCAAACGGAAAAAAAGGUACCUUUUUCACGCUUUAAACUUUUGUUUGGUAAAGUGAGAAAUGGAUGAAAAGCGGACAAUAUUGACGUUCAAAUAUUUUCGCCCGGAAGCUUCAAAUACCCGCCUUUUUUUCUAAAAAGGUACCUUUUUUUAACUUUUUACCUGAUCGACUAGCAUUAACAAAAAAGGUAACAAUUUUGCAUGUUGUUCUGUAAAAAAUAAAUGCAGAAAGUUAAUUUUUCUGCUCUUUUCAAGUAGCAGAGUUGAUCUUUUUGUAAAACAGCAGAAUUGCCGGAACCUUUCACUGAUUCAAAAUGUUCUCCGUAGUCCCGACUACGCGAAACAGCUCAACAACUCACCGUAGCCGCAGGACUACGCGGGAAAAAUGAACAGUCACGUGGUUUUGAUCAUGCGCAAUAGCAUGUUUAACCGUAGUCGUAGUCCGUAGUCGCCGUAUCUUAAACUCCCUAAUAAAUGUCCCGACUGGACGGCGUGGAACGAUGUGAGUAGGCUGUAUUUACAGGAUAGUAGGAUUUCUUGUCUCUGAUUUCAUGCUGCUUCCUCACACGACAAAUAUUACACUACUUUGAUCAAGCUGGAAUUUCUUUCGCAGGGAGCAAUUCUAAAAUAGAGACCUUUAGAUUUGUGAGCAUGGACGACUCAGAGGUUUUUUUGUCCCUUCUCAGAAAAUAGUAAUCCUGAAAAGUUUUGUUGCACUUUUUUACUAGAAAAGUUAGAACGGUUAUUUUUAUUGAAGGAGUUUGAGCCCUCUCCCGAUCGCAGAAUGAUAAAACUUCUAACAUUUGAUAACUUAUUUCCGCCUCAAUGACAUUCUCGUUAAAACGCGUAGUAGAAUGACCAUGGCUGUCACGUUUUCCCGCCAAAAUGAUGUUGGCUCACGCCUCGCACUUCGUGCCAUUGACAAAACCUCUUCCUUGUAGUCGUCCUCGUGUUAGAAUCUAACGGUCACUAUUGAGAAACACUCUUAAUCUAGAAAUGAUUACUAACUGUAGUACUCUAUUUCUUGUAGGGUAAUACCUUCAAUACCAGUGAGAGUAAGAAGAAACGUCAUCGCAAGCGUAAAGGGUCCAGUACACCUGAACUUCUACCUGACAGUCCUAGCUAUGAAACGUCCAACGGACCCGAGCCUUCCCCUGAAAGUCAUUCUAGUGCUGACGCGCCUAGGUCAGCGGGUGUUGUCAGUCGUACAGCUGGGCUGCUUUUCUCGAGUGCUCGUGGGUUCUUUGGUGGCCUUCACAAUCCAUGGAAACAAUCAAAACCUUCGACUGUCCAUAGUGAUCCCAAUAUAUCCGCAAGAAGCGAACUCAGCCAAGCGAGCAAAAGCUCGCCGAGACCAAAUAAUCCGGGUUUAUCCCGAGCAAAGAGUCUUGAGUUAGUUCCAGAGAAUACAUCAAUUCAAAAACCUGCACCACCACCACCAGCACCGACCCUUUCGUCCGAGUUUGGCGUGAUGUUGAAGCGCCCACCAGAUUGUUAUUACCCUAAGAAAGGCCCCGCAAAGAACAUUUUUCCUGGUCCCGUGAAAUAUGGGAAAUAUGGCGUGUUAGAUUCUCAGUUGGCUUAA